CGCCAGCCCUCCGCAGCCCCGUGGAGCCCGCGCGGGAGGCCCCGGGCACGUGCAGACCGGAGUCCCUGGAGUGGCGCGCCUGGGACGUGAGUGCCCUUUGCCUUCCCCGCCCACCGCGUGCGCCUUGGCACAUCGUCAGUCAUCCGGGCAGGCCCCGCCCUCCGCCGCGGCCUCGGCCAGCCCGGGAGGACGCACGGACCAGGGCUGCGGAGAUCCUGCAGCUGAGGCCCCUGAGCCGACGCCGCCCCCGCCAGGACGGAGGCGAUCGUCGCGCAGAGGCUUUCCGCUCGGCUGGGUCCAGCCGGCGCGAGGACAAACCACGCGUGCGCCGGGAGGGCGGGCGAGCGGGCGGACGCGCUGCAGCUUCAGCUUCAGCCAGCGGCGCGGGGUGCACGCCGCCCUUUUGCCGAAGCAGCCGCCGCCGCCGCAGCAGCAGCUCUGCGCUGGGGGAACUGAGCCGAGAACGGGACGCGCGACGCAAACGGCUCCGGAGGCAAGAGGGACUGUGGCCCUGCAGCACCGCCGCUCGGGACCCCCUGCCCUUCGGUCCUGCACGCCCUCGCUCCUCACCCGGAGCACCGCGAUGGAGGUCCCGCCCCGGCUCUCCCACGUGCCGCCGCCAUUGUUCCCCUCCGCUCCCGCUCCUUUGGCCUCCCGCAGCCUUUCCCACUGGCGGCCGCGGGCUCCCCGGCAGCUAGCCCCGCUCCUCCCUUCGCUCGCUUCCAGCUCCUCCCGGCAGGGGGCGCGCCGGACCCAGCGCCACGUCACCGCCCAGCAGCCCUCCCGAUUGGCGGGCGGGGCGGCUAUAAAGGGAGGGCGCAGGCGGCGGCCGGAUCUCUUCCGCCGCCAUUUUAAAUCUAGCUCCAUACAACGCUCCGCCGCCGCUGCCGCCGGAACCCGGACUGCGCGCCAGCACUCACUUGCCGACGGCUCCGCCACCAUGGAGGACAUGAAUGAGUACAGCAACAUAGAGGAGUUCGCAGAGGGAUCCAAGAUCAACGCGAGCAAGAACCAGCAGGAUGACGGUAAAAUGUUUAUUGGAGGCUUGAGCUGGGAUACAAGCAAGAAAGAUCUGACUGAAUAUUUGUCUCGAUUUGGGGAAGUUGUAGACUGCACAAUUAAAACAGAUCCAGUCACUGGAAGAUCAAGAGGAUUUGGAUUUGUGCUUUUCAAAGAUGCUGCUAGUGUGGAUAAGGUUUUGGAACUGAAAGAACACAAACUGGAUGGCAAAUUGAUAGACCCCAAAAGGGCCAAAGCUUUAAAGGGGAAAGAACCCCCUAAAAAGGUUUUUGUGGGUGGAUUGAGUCCAGAUACUUCAGAAGAACAGAUUAAAGAAUAUUUUGGAGCCUUUGGAGAGAUAGAAAAUAUUGAGCUUCCCAUGGAUACA